GCUGUAAGUAUUCUAUCGUAUUAUAUAGUUCUACGGUCAUCGUGGCAUGUUUACAUUUUUAGUUUUUUUUUGUGAAAAUCUUCUGUGAGGCAUGUGCAAGCUGUCAUUUUAGGUUAACUCUGAGUGGGAAAGUAUUGGACGUAAAAGUUGUGAUAUUAAAGCUUAUAAUGGUGCUAGAUUUGGAUUUGUUUCGCCCCGAGAAAGGCGGUGAUCCAGAGAAGAUUCGCUUAAACCAACGAAAACGAUUUAAAGACGAAGGUCUUGUUGAUACUGUAAUAGAGAAAGAUGUUUUGUGGAGACAGUUGCGCUUCAAAGCAGACAACUGGAACAAACUCAAAAAUGUCUGCAGCAAGGCAGUUGGUGAAAAAAUGAAGGGGAAGGAGCCGGGCUCCGGGGAGCAGCGCGUGCCGGAGGACCUGGUGGCGAGGCUGGACGCGCUGGGGCUGGAGGACCUGCGCGGCCUGGCGGUGGGGCAGAUCAAGGCUCUGCGCGGCCUGGUGGAGGAGGCCCUGCAGCGCAACGAGGCGUCCCUGAGGCGGGCGGAGCAGGAGCGCAGCAGCGCCCUCAGGGAGGUGGGCAACCUGCUGCACCCCUCCGUGCCGCUCAGCGACGACGAGGACCACAACAAGGUGGAGAGGACGUUCGGGGACUGUGCGCAGAGGAAGACGUACUCCCACGUGGACCUGAUCCACAUGAUCGGCGGCGUGGACACCGAGAGGGGCGCGGCCGUCUCCGGAGGGCGCGGCUACUACCUCAUGGGCCCCGCGGUGUUCCUGGAGCUGGCCCUCAUUCAGCUGGCCCUGCGCAAGCUGCUGGCGAAGGGCUACCAGCCCCUGUACACGCCCUUCUUCAUGCGCAAGGACGUGAUGCAGCAGGUGGCUCAGCUGUCCCAGUUCGACGAGGAGCUCUACAAGGUUGUGGGUAAAGGCAGCGAGAAAGGAGAGGACAAGGAGCUGGAAGAGAAGUACCUCAUAGCGACCUCGGAGCAGCCAAUCGCAGCAUUCCAUCGCGAUGAGUGGAUCCCGGAGAGCGCCCUGCCCAUCCGCUACGCCGGCAUCUCGACCUGCUUCCGCCAGGAAGUGGGGUCGCACGGCCGCGACACGCGAGGCAUCUUCAGGGUGCACCAGUUUGAGAAGGUGGAGCAGUUCUGCCUCACGUCGCCGUCGGACGACCAGUCGUGGGAGAUGAUGGAGGAGAUGAUCGGCAACGCGGAGGAGUUCUGCCGGGAGCUGGGCAUCCCGUACCGCGUGGUGAACAUCGUGUCGGGCGCGCUCAACCACGCCGCUGCCAAGAAGCUGGACUUGGAGGCUUGGUUUCCCGGCUCUGGUGCCUUCAGGGAGCUGGUGUCUUGCAGCAACUGCCUGGACUACCAGUCAAGGCGUCUGCUGGUGAGGUUCGGCCAGACCAAGAAGAUGAACGCGCAGGUGGACUUUGUGCACAUGCUGAACGCGACCAUGUGUGCCACGACGCGCGUCAUCUGUGCUCUGCUGGAGGGCAACCAGACGGAGACCGGGAUCGCGGUGCCGCCCGCCCUCAGACCGUUCCUGCCGCCGGAGUACCAGGAGGAGAUCCCCUUCGUGAAGCCGGCGCCCAUAGACGAGGCCGAGACCAGGAAGCACAAGAAACAGAAGGAGGGAAUGAAAACUGCCGGUGGCGACAAGUGAUGGUUGGAGACGCGCUGCAGGAAAUAAAGCACUUCGGCUGGGCA